AUGGGCAUUACCGGCUUACUUCCAUUCUUAGAAAAAUCUUCAAAAAGAACAACGAUUAAUGAAUUUGCCGGAGGUACUGUUGCUAUUGAUUCUUAUUGUUGGUUACACAAAGGUGCGUUUUGUUGUGCUGACAAAUUGUCAAUGGGACAAUCUACAGAUGCAUAUGUUCAUUAUUGUAUGAAGUUCAUACAUAUGUUGCUAUCUCAUAAAAUAAAACCAAUUUUAGUAUUUGAUGGAAGACAUUUACCUGCUAAAGCACAAACAGAAACAAAACGGCGGGAGNCUAGACAGACAAACCGUCGCAAAGCUAUUGAAUUAAUGCGAAUGGGGCAACAUGCAGAAGGAAGAAGUUUAUUGAAGAGAUCCAUAGAUAUUACACAUGAAAUGGCUUUAGAGUUAAUUAAACAAUGCCAUAAAAUGAAUAUUGAUUGUAUUGUAGCACCAUAUGAAGCAGAUGCACAGUUAGCAUAUCUUAAUAUCAGUGGAAUUGCUGAUGUUGUUAUUACUGAAGAUAGUGAUUUAACAUUAUUUGGUUGUAAAAAGAUAUUUUUUAAAAUGGAUGUAAAUGGUAAUGGUCUGUUAGUUGACCAAGCACGAAUACACCUUGCAAUGGGUAUGCGUUCCGAAGAUUUUAGAAUGGAUAGUUUCCGCCAUAUGUGUAUUCUAUCAGGCUGUGAUUAUUUAUCAUCUCUCCCGGGUAUUGGGUUGAGUAAAGCACGAAAAUUUAUUACGAUAAAUACAGACUGUGAUAUUUAUAGAGCUUUAAGUCGAUUAGGAUCUUAUUUGAACAUGAAAUCUUUAGUUGUUACGAAAGAGUACAGAGAUGCAUUUAUAUUAGCAGAUAUUACCUUUAAACAUCAAUUAGUAUUUUGUCCUUUAAAAAGGAAACAAGUUCGUUUAACUCCACCGAUGUCAGAUGUAACAGAGGAACAAUUAUACUAUGCUGGUAAAGAAACAGAUCCUGAUAUUGCAUUACAACUUGCUUUUGGAAAUUGUGAUCCUUUUACUUUAAAAGUACUUCAUAAUUUUGAUCCUGAUAAAAUCGAGGUCUACAACAUUAAUAUUUAAUCUCGUCAUAUUAGUAUUUGGUCAAAAGAAUAUAAAAUAGUACAAAAACAAUUAGAAUCUCCUCAGGAAAGGAAUGUCACAGUUUGGCCCACUACUGCUGGUAAAGAAGCAACUCUUCAUACAAAUCGCAUAAAGAAAGCCAUUUUACAGAAACAACAGGAUAAUUUUGAACACGAACAAUUGAACCAAAAAGAAAUUUUAAAUAUAUAUGAAACUAAGAAUACAAUGGAUGUUGACAAUAAUUCGGAAGUAAAUAUUGGUAUUCCUGUUGAAGAUAAAGUAUCUCCUGUUUUAAUUAGAAGAACAAAUCCGUUUUCAAGACAGUCAACAAUUAAAACUUCUCCAAGUCUUUUGCUUCAAAGUAAAAGUCACAUAAAGGGAAGAAAUAUAAUGCGUAUUAGGCGAACAAUUAUAGAUGAGAAUAUUGUUACAGAAAGUAAAUUUUUUUCUAAAUUGACUGCUGACACAAGUGAUGUUACAGCUACAACAGAUGACAAUGAAACAUAUUUAACUACUGAUUCAAAUAAAAUGUCCAUAGAAAAAGAAAAUAUGGAAUUAGGACCGGAUAGUAUUAAUUUACAAGUUUCUGUAAUAAAUGAUGAAGAAAAAAUGAAUUUUCAUCCUAUGGAUAUAGAUGAAGAGCACAGUACACCAUCUCUGUCAAAUGAAUACAAAGAUGUUGAGCGUCUAACUACUUCUAAUUGUGAUCUAGAAAAAUCACAUUUAAACGUUUCAAUAAAUGAAUCGCUCAGAAACAUAAGUAAUAUAAAUACAUCGCACGAUUUAAGUACUUCAUUAACGUCAUCGGAACUUGAUAUAGAUUCCGACCUUUUAAUUCAACAAGAUGAAACUGCUUUAAACAAUAGUUUAUUCAAAUGGUCUGAUUCAAAUACAUCUAUACAAAUAAAUAGCAGAAUGAAAUUAAAUAAAAGGAAAAAUUCUUCAAAUCUUAAAAAGUUUGUAAAUAGUAAAAUGAAUAUGACAAACAAUACACGUCGAAGCCAACAAUUGUGUUCAGAACAAAAACAACAAAAUUUAUUAAGCAUGUAUGGAUUUGAAAAAAAGAAAUUAUCUUAA